GGCCUGCCUGUAAGAAUUCGAUCGACAGACAGGUAACUUAAGAGUGGCCCAUUGUCCCUGUGAUCAGCCCUAUAUAAAUCCCUCCUAGGCAUAGGUUGCUCACCACACAACAUUACCACCAUCUCUAGCAUCCACCACACUCCAACCUAAACGGGAUUAUGUCGCUCACGUCCAUCCUUUCCGCUGAUGCCAUCGACAGCGCUAUCAAGGACUGCCAAGCACCAGAGUCCUUCAACCACAAGAAGUUCUUCCAGCUGUGUGGUCUCUCCAAAAAAAGUCCCCAGGAAAUAAAGACUGUCUUCGGCCUUAUCGACGACGAUGGCAACGGCUUCAUCGAGGAGGAUGAGCUCAAAUUCUUCCUGCAGAGGUUUACAUCUGGUGCCCGUGUGUUGACCGAUAAAGAGAUUAAGGCCUUACUAUCAGCAGGUGAUGAUGAUGGUGAUGGCAAGAUUGGAGCUGAAGAAUUCAAGAACAUGGUGCUCUCCUGAAUGGUCAAAACAUCUCUUGUGUCAUGGUUCUGUUCAACAAUGUUCUACCUUGUUAUUUUGCUUUCUUUAAAUUUCUGGAAGCCCCUGAAGAUACAGACCCAAUACAGAGCAAAGUUUAUUUGUAAAUACCUGUAAAGAGAUGAAAUCCAAAUCAUCUCCAGUAUACAGCUGACACAACAUAAAUCAUUUUGAGUAAAUAAUAAAUGACUAAACUUUA